UGUACUUUAAAUUUGUCGGUACUGAUGACCUUGAUAUUGCCACCAGAGAGACCUGCGGCGGUGGACGGUGUCCAGAUUUUACAGUUUUUGUCAGUAAUGGUAACAUGAAUGACGCAGACUGUCGAGAGAGACUGUAUGGAGACAAGCUCAAUAUGGCCAAACCUGCACUUCCAACAUUUACAACGCCCAUUCCAGCAAACGGUGCUCCACAUCCUCCUACGGGUUACGGUGCCGGUUUUACCCGACCAUUCACAAACCGCGACAACCCGGUUUACGGACAAUACGGCCCAUGGACUGAAUGGUCCCAGUGCUCGAGAACUUGUGACGAGGGUGAGCAGUUUCGAACACGACGUUGUGACAGCCCACUUCCGGCAAAUGGGGGAGCGGAAUGUGCAGACAACCACGUGGAUUCUCGUGUCUGUAACUUGGAGCCAUGCGCAAUUGAUGGUGGAUUCACAGAGUGGACCGAGUGGAGCGCCUGUGUAGCAUUUGCUUCUAACUACUGCUCCGGCUCCUCCGAACGAACUCGUACCUGUACCAACCCAGUGACAAUGUACGGCGGACUGGCCUGUGAGGGCAGCACCAGCGAGAUGAAGAGAUGCAGUGUCGUCUGCUAGCUAGUGUUCUAUUCGGAGAAAUUUUGAAAUCCAGUUUACAUUAUGUUUACUUACAUGUUGGUUUUAUGCUUAUUUUUACUUAUUGAAUAUCCUUAUUACACAAUUAAUUACAUUUCAUCCUCUGUUUUUUCUUCUUUUGUUCUUGUUAUUAAGAUUAUAGCCUGCAACGGUUACGGUAAUUGUUUGGUAAUGUAUUACUUUCGUAGACAUAGUGACAUAGAAAUCAAUUUUAGAUUUAAUUUUGUCUGCAUUUAUGAUGAUGUACAUUGUACAAGUCGAAAUGAAAUGCUUCUUCUUAUUAAAGAGCAAUA